GGAGUCAAUUUUGGACAAGCCAACGAUGGUUGCACACGACCUGGGAAGACCCCAGGAUGGCUGGAAUCCAUCCACCAGCCCCCAACACCAGCCCCCUGUCCCCACUUUGGGUCAGGUUCACUCCAAAAGGGAACAAACACCCCCUCCCCGUGACACCGUGAUACCUCUAGGGCGGUGAUAACGGGGACGGGGCCAUUGAGGUUGUCCCCGAUAACGGGGAGAGGAACGUCAUGUUUGUUCCCACGGUCACGGUGCCCAUGAUUGGUCUGGGCACGGCCGCACCCCCAAAACACCGCCCACCCUGGGAUUAAGCAGCCUCUCUCCCCGGAGGGGCAAAGUUCCCCAUCGCCACUCCUGCCCUGAGCAUGGCUCCACAGCGGGAUGCUGCUGGCGGCACCGCGGGACUGGGAAGCAUCAAGAUGGGGUCUGGCACCCGGGCCUUCCUCCUCCUCUUCCUCCUCUUCCUCUAUGGGGUUGCAACAGAGGAAAACACAGAGGCAUCCCGAGGAGACACCAUUCCUACAUCGAAACCCACCUCUACACUGACACAGGACACCUCUACACCCACCUCUACAAAAACACCCACCAUUUCUACACCAACACCCACCAGUUCUACACCAACACCCACCUCUACACCAACACCCACCAUUUCUACACCAACACCCACCAGUUCUACACCAACACUCAUUUCUACAACAACACCCACUUCUACACCAACACCCACCAGUUCUACACCAACACCCACCAGUUCUACACCAACACCCACUUCUACACCAACACCCACCUCUACACCAACACCCACCACUUCUACACCAACACCCACUUCUACACCCAACACCACUUCUACACCAACACCCACCUCUACACCAACAACCACCAGUUCUACACCAACACCCAGUUCUACACCAACACCCACUUCUACACCAACACCCACCACUUCUACACCAACACCCACCACUUCUACACCAACACCCACCACUUCUACACCAACACCCACCAUUUCUACACCAACACCCACCACUUCUACACCAACACCCACUUCUACACCAACACCCACCAGUUCUACACCAACACCCACUUCUACACCAACAACCACCACUUCUACACUAACACCCACUUCUACACCAACACCCACCAGUUCUACACCAACACCCACUUCUACACCAACACCCACCACUUCUACACCAACACCCACCACUUCUACACCAACACCCACCAUUUCUACACCAACACCCACCACUUCUACACCAACACCCACCACUUCUACACCAACACCCACUUCUACACCAACACCCACCAGUCUACACCAACACCCACUUCUACACCAACAACCACCACUUCUACACCCAACACCCACUUCUACACAAACACCCACCAGUUCUACACCAACACCCACCUCUACACCAACACCCACCAGUUCUACACCAACACCCACCAGUUCUACACCAACACCCACCAGUUCUACACCAACACCCACUUCUACACCAACACCCACCAGUUCUACACCAACACCCACUUCUACACCAACAACCACCACUUCUACACCAACACCCACUUCUACACCAACACCCACCAGUUCUACACCAACACCCACCUCUACACCAACACCCACCACUUCUACACCAGCACCCACCACUUCUACACCAACACCCACCUCUACACCAACACCCACUUCUACACCAACACCCAACACUUCUACACCAACACCCACCUCUACACCAACACCCACUUCUACACCAACACCCACCACUUCUACACCAACACCUACCACUGCUACACCAACACCCACUUCUACACCGACACCCACUUCUACACCAACACCCACUUCUACACCAACACCCACCUCUACACCAACACCAACCAGUUCUACACCAACACCCACCACUUCUACACCAACACCCACUUCUACACCAACACCCACCUCUACACCAACACCCACCAGUUCUACACCAACACCCACCAGUUCUACACCAACACCCACUUCUACAUCAACACCCACUUCUACACCAACACCCACCACUUCUACACCAACACCCACUUCUACACCAACACCCACUUCUACACCAACACCCACCACUUCUACACCAACACCCACCUCUACACCAACACCCACCAGUUCUACACUGACACCCACCACCUCUACACCAACACCCACUUCUACACCAACACCCACUUUCUACACCAACACCCACUUCUACACCAACACCCACCACUUCUACACCAACACC